UGAGAUUUUAUUUAUGGAAUGUUGUGAAACAGCGGAUAGAUGGAAAAAGGAGAAUAUUAAAGUAGAACUUUUAAUGCGAAAAUCGCAGAACACCCAGCCACACAUCUGAUGGUUACCUUCAUUCUGGUCUUGUCUGUGACCUUGUUUAAUUAAAGGUCAACUUCAUUUUUUCACAUGGAAACCCUCAAUUUUGAUCCCAGCGCUGAAAAUGGAGAAACAUGUUAUGUUCAAAUGUCACGAAAAUAGGUCGUUUGACCUUGAAAGAAAGAACCCGAAGAUCAUCGUCGACGAUCACGAUUUUUAUCUAGAGAGCAGCAGACCCACCAAGAGUACGUGGUUCUGCUGCAUGAACUACAAGACCAAAUGCAAGGUGCGAGUUUCGACCUCUGGCACAUACAUUGUGGUCAACGGGGUCCACAAUCAUCUUCCCAGGAAGAGGGUCAAUGCCAAGUACAGAUCUAAGGAAGUGACUAUCGUCAGAGCCAGUUAAAGAAGCGCCUCUAAAUGGACUUUAAAAACUCGUACUAGCUUUGCUGUCAAAAACUGCGCAGACUAUUUAUAUAUUUAUUGGUACCGUAUUGCUUAUAUUCUCAGAGCUUGAAAGUGUAAAAGCGACGUAUAAAACGCACAUAUGUCUGUUCAGUAGUAUUAAAAAU